ACAAAGUGUCAUUCAGCCCCUUGACGUGCGCGAUUCGGCAAUACAUGCGAUGAUAAUUCCGAGGAAGCAGGCCUUACAGCCGUUGGUGGUGCUUACGGGGCGUGAAUGUCAGACGGUUCGAUGCAACAGGAUGCCUUACGCCCAGCGACUUGAUACUAGUAGAUUAAAAGUUCUGGUAAUAACCUCGGCACUUUGGAUUGACAUGUUUGCCUGGAUAUCGAGGGGCCCGUGGGGCGACAGGGCGUACAGGCCAUCGCCACACUUGUAGCAUAUAUUGCAGGUUGAUGCACGACCAAUUCCUGUCAAGAUCCAAUUCUUCAGUGAACAGGACACCAUGGCGACCAGCAAAGCGAUUGAUACUGACAUCCUCAUUGUAGGCGGAGGAUUCGGUGGUGUGUAUGCAGUAUGGCGAUUACGGGCUGAAGGUUUCAAAAUCCAUCUGUUCGAAGGCACUCCGCGGCUAGGCGGUGUAUGGAGCAACAACACCUAUCCCGGAGCUCGAGUCGACUCGGAGUUUCCCUUUUAUCAGCUUUCAAUCCCUGAAGUAUACAAGACAUGGACCUGGUCCGAACGGUUUCCCGGGUGGCAGGAAUUGCAAGGAUACUUCGACCAUGUUGACAAAGUUCUCAGCAUUGGCAAAGACUGCACGUUCAAUGCACGGGUAAACAAGGCCACUUUCGAUACCGAGCUCGGUCGCUGGACAGUACAGACUGAACAAGGCCAUGUGGCUACCUGCAAGCACCUUUUGCUGUGUACGGGCUCGACUUACAAGCAACAUAUGCCAACAUGGGAGGGCCUCGACCAAUACACUGGAACGCUAUUACACUCUAGUAAGUGGCCGAAGGAAGGCGUGGACACACACGGCAAACGAGUUGCAGUCGUUGGAAGUGGCUCAACAGCUCUGCAGAUCGUGCCGGAGAUGGCAAGAGAAGCUAAACAGCUCGUGGCCUUAAUCCGUACGCCAAACAUGGCACUUCCUAUGAGACAGCGUAAACUCUCUUUGGAGGAGCAGGAUUCGCUCAAGGGGAUUUUGAACAGCGUGCUGAGGACCGCUGCUCGAAAUUCAUUCAGCGGAUUCCCAUACAAUCCACCACCUGUUCCAUCACCGCAGAUGCUAUCGGAAGAGGAAAGAGAGAAGUUUCUCGAAGAGCUGUAUCAACGCGGCGGCUUCAACUUUGCAGGUGGAAACUUUUCCUCUGCUUUGGUCGAUCAUAAAGACAACCGCAUGGUAUACGACUACUGGGCCCGGAAAACGCGUGCGCGAAUCCAGGACCCAGUGAAGCGAGAUAUCCUCGCGCCUCUCGAGCCACCACAUCCCAUCAUAGCGAAACGGAAUGGUCUUGAGCAGGAUUACUACGAGGUGUGUGAUCAGGAUCAUGUCAGAAUUGUGGAUCUGAAAGCGACGCCUAUUGAGACCUUUACAAAGGCAGGCUUGCAAGUUGGAGGGGAAGAGAUACCACUUGAUAUCAUCGUACUGGCGACAGGCUUCGACAAUUACACAGGCGCAUUCUCUACCAUGGGCAUCGAAGGAACUGAUGGAAAAACAUUGAUGGAUCAGUGGAAGGAUGGUGUUCGAACGCAUCUGGGUUUGGCGGCUCCUCGUUAUCCUAAUAUGUGGAUGGUAUACGGGCCUCAAGCGCCAACUGCAUUAGGUAACGGACCAACGAUAGUUGAGGUUCAGGUCGACAUCGUUGUGGACAUGAUCAAAAAGGUGCGGGAGGAAAAGAUCAAGUACCUUGAUGCCACCCCUGAAGCGGCACAAGCAUGGGCAGAUGACAUUGCAGUAACGAGCAAGAUGUUGGUGUUCGAGGAUGCGGACAGCUGGUACAUGGGCGCAAACAUUCCUGGGAAGAAGAGAGAGAUGUUGAAUUAUCUGAAAGGCUUGGUCGAGUAUGACAGGUCGUGCAGGGCUGCAAUGCCGGAUUGGGAAGGGUUUGUUGUUGAGAGAUAAGAGUGCAACAUAUGAGGGUGCGGGUCAAAUGGAUGCAGUCCCUAUCGCAUCGCAGCGACUAACUCUAAUACGAGGUACACUCUUGAGUCUGCCAACAUCGGCCCAUGAAGAGUAUAAGAUAGAACGUGCG